CGCGCGCUGAUCGAGCUCGUGAAGAACGCGCGAUCCAGGGGUGGCGCGAUCGUGCACACGGGCGCGGGGAUAUCCACCUCGACGGGCAUCCCAGACUUCCGAGGACCGAACGGGAUAUGGACCGCGCAGAGGAACGGCGGCGCGAUCCCGAAGGCGUCGUGCGCCUUCUUCCUCGCGCGCCCGAGCGCGACGCACAUGGCGCUCGUGGCGCUGCGCGAGGCGGGGUACGUCCGGUUUCUCGUCUCGUGCAACGUCGACUGCUUGCACCUGCGGAGCGGGUACCCUCGCGAGUGCCUCGCGGAGCUGCACGGGAACUGCUUCGCGGAGCGGUGCGAGAGGUGCGAGAGGGAGUACGUGCGCGACUUCGAGAUGCCGAGCGUGGGGUUCAAGCGCACGGGGCGCGCGUGCGGCGAGGCGGGAUGCGGCGGCCGCCUCAGAGACCAGGUGUUGGAUUGGGAAGACGCGCUUCCGCCUAAAGAGCUGAAGCUCGCGGAGAAACACUCCAGAGACGCGCCGCUCGCGCUCGUGCUCGGGAGCUCGCUGCAGAUCACGCCGUCGUGCGACUUGCCGCUGAAGACGGUGCGGGCGGGGGGCGACCUCGUCAUCGUGAACUUGCAGGCGACGCCGAAAGACAAGAAAGCC